AUGGCAGUGCUCUCCAACGUUCACCUUCCCCUGCUCCUCCUCAUCUGCAUAGGCAAUGUGGCCUCGGGUGUGGUCUUCACCCUCCAGAACCAGUGCGGAUACACAGUGUGGCCCGGGACGCUGUUGGGGAACGGCGCAGCGGUCCUCGGGGAUGGUGGAUUCGAGCUGCCACCGGGAGGUUCGGUCCAGUUAACUGCCCCACCGGGGUGGUCGGGUCGGUUCUGGGGCAGGACUGGCUGCUCCUUCGACCCUGCAACCGGAGCCGGGAACUGUGCCACUGGGGACUGCGGCGGGCUCAAGUGUCCUGGUGGCGGGCAGCCGCCAGCCACCCUCGUCGAGUUCACGAUCGCGUCCUCCUCCGCCGACAAGGACUUCUAUGACGUCAGCCUCGUGGAUGGGUACAACAUUGGGAUGAGCGUGAAGCCGACUGGAGGGGUCGGGGACUGCGAGUUCGCGGGGUGCCACGACGACCUUAACAAGAACUGCCCACCCGAGCUGAGUGUCGUGGACGGGCCAACAGGGAGGGUGGUUGCAUGCAAGAGCGCGUGCGAGGCCUUCAACACUCCCGAGUUCUGCUGCACCGGGGAGCACGGUACCCCCCAGACCUGCCAACCCACCCAGUACUCAGCCCUAUUCAAGAACUCUUGUCCAACUGCCUAUAGCUAUGCCUACGACGACGCCACCAGCACCUGCACCUGCUCCGGCACAGACUACAUCAUCACCUUCUGCCCGUCCAGUUAAG